AUGUUUGUCUUUACAAUUCUCUUUUUGUCUUUCCUUUCUUUAUUUUCUCUUUCUGUUUUUCUAUUCUUCUUUUGUCUUUUCUUCUCUUUUUUCUCAUUCACUUUUCUUUCUUCCCUUUUGUUUUUCUUUUCCUAUUUUCCCUUUCGUUUUUUCUUUCUUCCAGAAUUGUAUUUUCUUUCUUUAUUUUCUCUUUUUUUUUUUCUUCCUUUUCUCUUUUCUUUCUUUUUUUCAUUUCAAACAAUCUUUUUGUAUUUUCUUUCGAUUUUCUUUCGUUUUUCUUUUUCUUUUUUAUUUCAUUCUUUAUUUUUUCUUUCGUUUUCAACUUUUUUCUCUUUUUAUUUCUUUAAAGCAAAAUUUUUCUUUUCUUUUUUAUUCUUUAUUUUUCUAGAGACCAACUUCUCUUUUUUCUUCCUCUCUUUUCUUUCACUUUUUCUCUUUCGUUUUUUCUUUUUCUUUUUUGUCUUUUCUUUCUUUAUUUUCUCUUUCGUUUUUUUCUUUCUUUCUUUGUCUUUUUUGUUUAUUUUCUUUCUUUUUCUUUCUUCUUUUUUUUUUUCAUUCUUUUUUUCUUUUCUUCCUUUUUUCUUCUUUUUUCUCUUUCUUUAUUUUCUCUUUCGUUUUUUCUUUCUUCUUUUUUGUCUUUUCUUUCUUUAUUUUCUCAUUCGUUUUUUCUUUCUUCUUUUUUGUCUUUUCUUUCUUUAUUUUCUCUUUCGUUUUUUCUUUCUUCUUUUUUGUCUUUUCUUUCUUUAUUUUCUCUUUCGUUUUUUCUUUCUUCUUUUUUGUCUUUUCUUCUUUUUUUCUCUUUUUAUUUCUUUAUUUUCUCUUUUCGUUUUUUUCUCUUUCGUUUUCUUUCUUCUUUUUUGUCUUUUCUUUUUUUUUUCUUUUCGUUUUUCUUCUUUUUUUUCUCUUUUUCUUUCUUUCUUUUCUCUUUUUUUUCUUUUCUUCUUUUUUUUCUUUUUCUUUCUUUUUUUUUCUUCCUUUUUUCUUUUUCUUUUUUUCUUUUUUCUUUCUUUUUUCUUUCGUUUUUCUUUCUUCCCUUUUUGUCUUUUCUUUCUUUAUUUUCUCUUUCGUUUUUUUUUCUUCCUUUUUGUUUUUUUUCUUUUAUUUUCUUUCUUUUUUCUUUUUCGUUUUUUUUUCUUCCUUUUCUUUUUCUUUCUUUUAUUUUCUCAUUCGUUUUUUUCUUUCUUUCUUUUUUUCUUUUUCUUUCUUUUUCGUUUUCUUUUUUCGUUUUUUUCUUUUCUUUCUUUAUUUUUUUUCUUUUCUUUCUUUAUUUUCUUUUUCGUUUUUCUUUCUUUUUCUUUUUUUUUUUUUUUUCUUUUAUUUUCUCUUUCGUUUUUCUUUCUUCUUUUUUUUUUCUUUUUUAUUUUCUUUUCUUUCGUUUUUUUUUUUCUUUUUUUUUUUUUUCUUUUUUCUUUCUUUUUCUUUUUUUUUUCGUUUUUUUUUUUUUCCCUUUUUCUUUUUCUUUUUCUUUUCUUUUUUUUUUCUUUCGUUUUUUUUUUCUUUUUUUGUCUUUUCUUUCUUUAUUUUCUCUUUCGUUUUUUCUUUCUUCCUUUUUCUCUUUUCUUUCUUUAUUUUCUCUUUCGUUUUUUCUUUCUUCCCUUUUUCUUUUUUCUUUCUUUAUUUUCUCUUUCGUUUUUUCUUUCUUCCUUUUUCUUUUUCUUUCUUUAUUUUUCUCUCUUUCGUUUUUCUUUCUUCUUUUUUUUUCUUUUUUUCUUUUUUUUCUCUUUCGUUUUUUUCUUUUUUCCCUUUUUUCUUUUCUCUUCUUUUUCUUUUCUCUUUCGUUUUUUCUUUCUUCUUUUUUUCUUCUUUUUUUUUCUUUUUUUCUUUCUUUUCUUUUUUUUUUCUUCUUUUUGUCUUUUCUUUCUUUAUUUUCUCUUUCGUUUUUUCUUCUUCCUUUUUUCUCUUUUCUUUCUUUAUUUUCUUUUCGUUUUUUUUCUUUUUUUUUUGUCUUUUCUUUUCUUUUAUUUUCUCUUUCGUUUUUCUUUCUUCUUUUUUUUCUUUUUCUUUCUUUAUUUUUCUUUUUUCUUUCUUUUUUUUCUUUUUUCCCUUUUUUCUUUUUUUUCUUUCUUUUUUUUCUCUUUCUUUUUUUCUUUUUCCCUUUUUUUUUUUUCUUCUUUUUUCUUUUCUUUUUUCUUUCUUUUUUUUUUCUUUUUUCUUUUUUUCUUUAUUUUCUUUUCUUUUUUUUCUCUUUCGUUUUCUUUCUUUAUUUUUUUUGUCUUUUUCUUUCUUUUUUUUUUCUUUUCGUUUUUUUUUCUUUCUUUUUUUUUCUUUUUUUUUUUUUUUUUUUCUUUUUUCUCUUUUUUUCUUUCUUCUCUUUUGUCUUUUCUUUCUUUUAUUUUCUCUUUCGUUUUUUCUUUCUUCUUUUUUUUCUUUUCUUUCUUUAUUUUUUUCUCUUUCGUUUUUUUUUUCUUCCUUUUUGUUUUUCUUUCUUUAUUUUCUCUUUCGUUUUUUUUCUUUUUUUGUCUUUUCCUUUUCAUUCGUUUUUUUUUUCUUUUUUUUCUCU